CUACCAGGCUUUUUUUUACCGAUUUUUCGUUUGAUUCGAAAGCCGACGGGUUUAUGUCUCGUUGAAAAAGGUUUUUCCGCUCGCGACCACGUUGGCCAACUCGAUCGGAAGUUGUUGAUAUUAAUCGAGAGACGAAGGGAACGUGAGGUAGCGAAGCAAGCGUGUGUAUUUAUCUGUUGAAAAACUACGGACCUUGCCAUGACGACGGAAGAGAAGUUUCACGCGGCCGUUAAUGUGAUCAGGAGUCUGCCAAAAAAUGGAGCUUAUCAACCUAGCAACGAAAUAAUGCUAAGGUUUUAUGCAUACUACAAACAGGCAACAGAAGGGCCAUGCCAGCAGACAAAGCCUGCUUUCUGGGAAGUGGUUAAGAAAGCUAAGUGGGAUGCUUGGACUCGUUUGGGUAAUAUGAGUAAAACAGAAGCUAUGAACAAUUAUGUGGAAGAAUUGAAAAAGAUUGUGGAAACAAUGUCGUACACAGACAAAGUAGCUAGUUUUCUGGGUAGUUUGGACACAUUUUACGAAAGUGUUCCGCAAGAGGACCUGGAGCUGCUAGUUGGCCCCGUCUUGGAGCGUAUGAGAUCACAGCCCAGCUCACCAUUGUCUAGCUCACCGUUGGCAUCCAGGGAAACAUCGCCGCACCGAGUAUGCAACGUGACCAGACAUAUCGCGAGCAGUUUAGAAACAAGUCCAGCCAGUAGUAAUAGCGCAAGUCCGCUACCACCGGACACUGACGGCGAAGAAGAAGAAUUUAUAGAUACCGUCGAAACUGCUCCGGAACGAUCGCAGAAAGAAACAAUAAAAGCUGCUACUUCCACCCAAAAAGUAUCCAAUGGAUUUAACGUUACUAACGACAUAGUUAGUGAGUCAGUUGUUCUAACGGAGAAGUCUUCGGGAUUACCUAAUGGCUACAUCGACAUGAAUGGCCGCGUCGAGACGGUAACAGAGAGCAAACAAGAUAGAAGCAGACAACGGAACAAGAAGGAUGACAAACCGAAUGCCGAUUUUUUCAAUCAAAUAGCUGCAACCAUGCAAAAUUUACAAAGGGAUUUGGACAGAGUAACAGCCAGAGUACGCAGCUUAGAAGGCCAAGCGUUACAGGCAAUGGCACCACAAACCAGACAGCCUACAUCUACUCCGUACCCGAAAUGGUGGCCUUUAUCGGAAUGCUCCCCCCGAUUAUUCGCUAUGUUAAUCUUGUGGCCGUUCGUAGCACAGUUUCUGAUUUCAUAUACACAACGGUAUCGUCAACGGAGACUGUGA